GUUUUUUGUUGUUGUUGAAUAUUUCAGGAAAUUCGGUACAACUCUCCGAGAGGUGGAAUAACCAUGGUCACGGAAUCUGCAUCUGCGACACGCAGUUUCCUGUUCAUUCAAAACGUUCGUCAGCCAGACUCAGGGACGUACACUUGCAAACCUCCGUACGGGAAAAUCGCAACUGCAAAAAUACUCGUUCUGGAUGGUGAAAGACCGGCAGCCAUGCAACAAGGAUCGGCGAGUUUAGCGCAAUGCACCUGGCAAGCAUUCAUCAUGUGGACAAUAGCUCUUUACACGUGGUCAAAACUCGCAUCGUCGUCGUCGUCGUCGUCGUCGUCAUCAACACCAGCCAUCUUGAGCAUUGGCGAUGCACGACACCGCAGUUCGUGUGCUUUGCGGAAAAGUUAUGCAGUGGUCAGGUGAUGAGACACGACAGUACGUGCUGCCAAUUUGACGCAAAGUGGCAUCUGCUUAUUCCUUUUCCGCGAAGGGAAACGCUUACGCGAAAUGUCCGCGAGAAUUCAAAAAAGGCGCGUUUUCAUGUCAUUCAACAAAAUCUCGCCGCAGCUCAGACUGUUUGACGAUCGAGUCAUCUUGAUGGAUGAAAUCUUCGGGCUCUGAAUUGCAUGAUGGAGAAAAAGUUCAAUAUGAUCGCGAUUUUCUUUCUUUUUUUCAUUUGUGAGCAGUCAAUUUUCGAUGAGGUGGUUUUAUCCGUGAAUCAUAUUUUUGAUAAAUCACUGUUGCGGAUAUUUCGAAAUGCCUGGGAAAUUAAGACGGCAACGACAAGCAACUCGACGGAUAGCACAUAAAAAAGAGAGUGAAUUACUUGUCCUGAUGGUAAUGAUUUCUAUGCAUGAACAACGACGAUUGGUGGGAAUGUCCUCAGCAGCAGUGAAACGCGCAUGACUUAAUUUUGAAAAUGGAAAUUUUGUGCACUUGGGUGUUGUGUAUGUUUUGAUGUUUUUUUUGUUCGUUUCGACCAAAAGAAAACCAUUUUUCGAUCCUUUGAAGUGUUUAUUCAGCAGCUCAUGUCGGGUGGAUGAUUUUGGAAAUGCAUCUGCAGCCUUUCUUGA